CACCAGCUUUUAGUUUGAGCUUAAUUUUCUUUGUAUGAACCCCCAGGAAAUUCUAAGUGAAGUUAUUGAGUCUGUUGUUCUCAUGUCUUGCUGCAUUAUUCUAAAAAAAAAUUGGAUGAACCAUACUUCAUAUGAGCAAAUACAAUCUUGUCUUGUGGCUAUAUUAGUGUUGGAGGUUUCAUUUGUGAGAGCAGCUCAUCACUGAAAAUAUUGGAAAAAAUUGGUGGACUUUCACAGAGAAAAACGACAGACUUAAUCUUUUGAGUGAGUAUCAGAGGAUUACGUUUUCUUCACAACAAUUGAUACAUUGGCCAAGGGGUGUUUGGUUCAACAGUGAGCAAUAAUAGGAUUAGGAAUCCCAUAUUUUUUAUGGUUUCCUAGCUAAUCCAUAAAAAAAUUUAAGAUAAUUUUAUGUUGUCAUGGAAUUUUUUUUUUUCAUUUCUAUGUUUGUUUCAUAACAUGAAAAAAUAGAAUCCAGCUUUAUAGAAAUCCCCCAAUUCUUAUUCUUUAGUUUGGUUUGAAAUGAAAAUAGGAUUUGGUCUCUAAAAUAUACGGUUUGUGAAGAAACGUAAUCCGAAAAAAAGAGAGGGAGAAUAGUACAAAUGUGUCACCUUUCUGCCCCAAAUCCGCCCAAAUCAUUAGGAUUUGGGUUUCUAUAAAAUCAACAUACUUUUUCAACUUCGUAGAUUCCGAAAUCUAUAAAUUUUUGGGGAACCAAACUCAAGAAUAGGAUUCAUAAAGAAUCAUUUAUUACAAUUUUGUCAUUGUCAGACCCCAAAUCCUAUUCAUCUAUACUACUUCUAAAAGAGAAAACAAAUGUCAAAACUUUUGCAUACCCAUUUUACCCUUUACAAAUUUCAUAAAUCUAAUUUUAUCCUAUAUUUUAUCCUUCUUUUCCCUAUUUUGCCCCUUUCCUGUAAUCUUUGUUUAUUAAAUAGUAUUAAUAUUAUUAGAUGUUAUUUAUACUAGGUUAAUUGAAAAGCAAAACAUAAUUACUCAGCUACCUUUCCUAUCCUAUCCCAUCCUAUCCUCUUUCAUAACGCCCAGCACUCUUUCUUCCAUAUGUUAUCCGCUCUCUCCCCUACUCCUCUCCCUCUCUCUUUCUCUAAAAAUUAAUUCGACGUUUGGCCUCCUCGCUUUAGGUGCCUCCGUUUCUCAAUGACAACGCUCUCUCUAUAUUCCUCCUUAAUCGCUCUCUCCUCGGCCCCUCUUUCUCAUCUCUCUCUAAAUUAUUUCGACGAUCGAUCUCCUCACUUCAAUUUCUUUCGUUUUCAACCGUUGACAAUGUAUACGUCCUUCCCUCAGAAGAUUCUUCCGUUACUAUAAUUGGUAAUAACUGCCAGGGCUUUCUGAUCCCCAUCCCCAUCACCAAUCCCCAAAGACUAAAAUUUAGGUUAUUUUGUGCCCAUCCCCAUCACCAAUCCCCAAAGACUAAAAUUUAGGUUAUUUUGUGAUUCUAUAAAUACAUACUGCUUCAACUUUGAUGGAGCAAAGAAGGUGUUUAUUUCCAAUUGGUCCGAGAUUGAUAGGAGAAGUAGAAAGCUAUCAAGUGUCUCAGAAUAUCCAUUCUCGACCAAAUGCCUUUGAUAUGUCCAACCAAAUCCCUUUGAUUGGAGAUGUUAUUUCUGUCCAGCCCCCUGCAAUUUGGUUGAAUGUUCAGCUUGGGAAUAAUCUGAACAUGCGCUUUGCAUUUUGGGGAGAAUCGAUUUUGAUGCUCCCUUUUGCUAUUCUAGGCUUAAUCAUGAAGCCUUUAGAGCUAAAAGGUUUUGGUUCGUGCAAAUUUCCGAAAGAAAAAGGAUAUGGGGAAAUGACUAUUCUUGUGGUUGAAGAUAUGGCAAUCUAAGCAGGGAAUAUAGAUACCUCUUCUGGAUAGAAAAUUUUGAACAUUACCAGUUGAAGUGAAUGGAACAAGUUCUUUGUGGACAAAGAUGGAAAAGUCAUGGAAAGAUAUGCUCCGACAACAUCACCUUUGAAAAUGGAGGAAUUUAAGUGCCUUCUUUGAGGGACUAUAUUGCUCGUGAUGCGAGUAUGUGAUCUUAUGUACGCAUAAAGGGAUGCUUCUUCUAGAAAACUUGUAUAUUGCUGGAAAUUCAUUAGCUUUUCGUUGUAUGUGAGAAAUAUUGUUUAUUUUAAUUAUUGGCUUUCAACAAUAAAGCUAUGUUUGCAAGCUAUCAUGUUAA